ACAAAUGGGAACGUGCGAGAGAAUUAGAAAAUGCAUUGCACAACUUGCAAAAAUUGCAAUUGUUUUGCACACAGUAUUUUUGUUUAUUUACAAUUUUGCUCAACUUUAUAAAAAUUAGUUUUUUAAAUUGUAAUCCGUUCUAUAAUGUAUUAAGGUGACGUAAAUGAAAUACGAAAAAGAUGGAAUUGAGUCCAGCUCGACGAGUAUGCUACGAACAGAUGAAGGCGCUCGUAGACUUCAUGGGGCAGCAUGUGGAAUUCGCGAAGGGCGAGAUGCGCGGUAACGUCGCAAGGCACAAAUCCAAGACUCUCUGGGCCGAGCUGACCAAGACCGUUAACGGAAUUGGCGGAACUAAGAAGACUCCUGAUAUGUGGAGCAGAUAUUGGAGUGACUUUAAAAACAAGUUAAAGAAGAAGUUGAAGCUCCUAGAGCGUGCCAAAAGGCAAGGCGAUAGCUCCGAGGUUGUCAAACCUUUAAGCAAACUAGAGAAGAGAGUUGUGGUCAUUUUGGGUGCCAAGUUUGCUAAAGUCAGAAACAGAAGACGGGAGGACUGGGACAACUCUUUUCAAAAGCUGUUAACAGUGAAGGUAGAAGACUACCAAGAUAAUGGAGAAUUAUGCAAGGAGCCCAGUGAAACCAGUGAUAGAUUAUCAGAUGGCGAGAAAGAUGGUGCGAGUGAGGAAUUCAGUGCUGACGAGAAUAGUGAAGAUGUUGGACAAGGCAACAGUGAAAUGUCACUACAUAACAUAUAUCCCAAGUGGCUAGUAGAGGUAGAAAAGAAACGCGCGGAAGCGGAGCUCACACGCGCGAAGGCAGAGGAACAACGAGCCGGCAUCGCAGCCAAAACUGCAGAAGCAGCUGUUACACAGGCAGAGGCCUUGAAAAAGCUGUCUGAAGCCGCGGCUGUACAGGCCGAAGCGCUCAUGCGAAUUGCAGUAAUGCUGGAGAAUAGAAAUCACCAAGAUUUAUUACCAAUAUGAUCUGAGUUUGAUAAUCUUUUAUGAAAAGUCAGCAAAUGGUAGAUUCAGAUAUGGAAUUCUUGUGUGCAAUAUGGUCACGCGUUAUAGCCCUCUAAAAGAAGUACCUUACCUUGCUGCUUUUGCUUUCACCAGUGGCAACACAGAAAAAAUGUGUCUGUGGUUUGACUGGCAUGGUGUUCCACUCCUAUACAUGAGUAGAAGGAAAUGUUAUAAUAAUAUACAGUAUAGUCUGUAUAAGAUUAAGAAAUGUGAUACUGUGAAGAACAAGUAGG